AUGAAGAUAGAGAAGACAAGCGUCGAACCUCUUUAUUCCGAUCUGGACAUGGCAUACCCACUUGAUGACACAUUCUUUUGUGAUGUACCUGCUAUUUCACAACCAGUUCUAAUGAACGAGAGUGAUCGUUUAGCUGCAGUUGACUCUUCACUUUCUAUUGCCUUGGCUUUGCAACAAGCUGAAGAGACUCAUCAGUUUUCCGUACUUGAGUCUGUUCAAUCUGCCAACAUGCGCAUGGAGGAGUUGAAGAGAGAACAAGAAUAA